AUGUCUCCACUUACGCUGUACAUCCUCGAGCGCUGUUUUGGCAUCGAGAUUCGGAAAGAGGGCCAUUUGAGAGUGCGCGUGCGGGAUCACAGGGGCCUCGAGUGGGGUCGGGAUGGCAUUGUACACUUUCUGCUCGUUCGGCAGCAUAGACAGAAAGCAUUCGAGAGGAUUGGCCACAACUCCUCUUUGCGUCCAUCUGCUGUUGUGGCAAUCAUCAUGCCAUACCGUGGAGGGUCGUGGCCAAGCCGAAGCUUGCGUCGCGAAGAAGAAGCAGAGGACGUCGAAAUUCCUCGUGCUUCGGGCGCCUCUGCUCCCCCAACAGACGUUUCGUACACGGUAUGGAGGAUCUUGGGCGCCUUCCUCUUCGGUCUCCUCUUCACCGUCCUUUUCUUUCGUUCAAUACUGCCUCGUCUACCCCGCAUCCUGUUUCGAGGCAAGUUGCGUAUCAAAAGAGCUGGCAUUCGUGGCAUCCGCGGCAUCGAGUAUCGCUCCAAAGGCUUUCACAAUGAUUCCGCCGCCUUCUCAAGGCGUGAGAAUCAGCUCGAGAUCAAGGUGCAAAGAGUCUACGCCUCCUUUCAUCUCCCCUACUUUCUACGCAAGACGCACGACAAUCCCAGCGUCGUGCCAUCAAAAAGUGGCGCCAUCGUCACAGUGCACGUGCAAGGCGUUGGUGUGCGAGUCCCUCGCUCUAGCCCACAGCAAUCCAGCGACGCAAAUGCUUCUUCCGAGGCGAAAGGUGCCGACCGGGAGCAACGAUCGAGCGAGCCCUUGACACUGGAACAGCUCGAAGAACUCAGGCUGCAACAACUCAUGAGUAGUCCCCCCAUGUCACCCUCACUGGGCGGCGAACGCACAUUCUCAAGCUCGUUCCAAUCCGUCAACGACCGCUCCUCGAAACAAGAAUCUGCCGUUGCCCCGCCCACGUCGAUCCAUGCGCACGACUCAGCCUCUUUCUAUCUCACUUGCCACCGGGCUGGUCUCAUGUCGAUCCACUCAUGUCUGGGACUGGCCAACUGGUUUCGCUGUGCUGUCGUGCCCACCCUCCAGGGCGUCGUUCUUCGUGCCUUCCGAGCUGCACUCUUCAUACUGACUUCGAGCCUCCCUGUUCUCACCUCGCUCAUUUCCAUCGAAAUGGAUUGCAUCGAAAUCUACGUUCAGGAAGCAGAAGCCGUAGCUCGCAUCGGUCGCGCCGGGCUUACCUUUUCCAUGUCACCGGACUUCCUUCCGUCUCACGCGACAACCUCGAGCACACAUCACGAUGUCGACCAUGUGCAGCAGGCGUCCUCGUACUUCCGAACACUCAACUGGAGCAGCUUCUUCCGAACUAUGCGUAUGAUGCCCACCAGAGUAGGCUCUGGAGCAAGGGAUGUCGCCACCUACCUCGUGGCGGGGAUGUCUCCCAGCACCGUGGCAGCCCAUUUGCGCAUCGAGAGUGUUGACUUCUUUGAAGCGAACUUCAUGCCUCAGGAGAAGCCUGCUCACCCUUCACGCCCGCAAGACUGCCCUGAAAAAGCGGAGGCUUUCUCGCCUCCUCAAGAACGCGCAGACUCCAGUCUCAUGUCGCCAAGCCAGUCCGAUGCCGAACUUGAUGCGCUGGCGACAUCAAACGACGACAGCCUCGACUGGUCUACCCGUCCCACGCAGCCAAGACGAGCGCGUAGCAGCAGCGCAUCUCGUCUGUCCAGGGUGCCUUCCAGGUCCUUGCGCGGCCUUGCCGAUCGUUGGGCUGACUGGGCGCUGGAGCCUCUGGUCGAGUCCGACUUUCACGCCGAUUCCGGUUGGAUCCGACAGCAUAUCGACCAGGGCUUCUCUCCACAGCAGCUUCAGACCAUCCCAGCCGCAGCCAGGAUUGCGUCAGUCUCUGGUCUUACCGAACUCACCGCCAGCUUGCUCGUCGGCUCAAGCUUGGCGUUGGGAGGCGAACGCACCUUGGCUGCCAGGUUCGUGCUCGGCAACAUCGCCCUUGGCCUGGAUGCAGCCCAUCGAGUUAUGCAAGUCAUCGAGGAGCGCAAGGCGCGCAGAUCUGGUUUGGCGCCGACUCGAAGCGGUCUCAGCAACGAUCAACGGUCAGUCCUGUCCAAGCACCUCGUGCAGCAGCGACCCUCUGUUGCUUCUAACGCGUUGCGCAUGGUUUCGUCGCUGGCGCUUUCACUACCCUCCCUUCGUGUCACGGCAUCUUCAGACGCCCUUUUAGCCUCGCUUUCCGACUGCAAAGAUGGAACGGGCGUUGCACCGCCACCCUCAAGGGAGCUCGGCGUGUCCAUCGCCGGCUUCAAUCUCGAGCUCACAGAGAGCGAUCCGAGAGAUGCCCUCCAUCGUCGCUGGCUGGGUACUUGCGGCCUGCCUACCAAAUCGUCCACAGGCAAGGGGGCGAGGCACAAGGCGAAGAGCGACGCAACUUCCUCGCCACUUCGAAAGCAUCGCAAGGAUCUACCACACGGAGCCAAAAGUAUCGAGCACCGACGGACCUUCUUGACAGAAUUGAAUUUGGCCAGCAUCGACAUACGUUGCGUUUCACGUGGACACGGUCGCGGCUCUCGCUUGCUUUCUGUCGGCGAUAUCUCAAUUGUAGCGAGAUCUUCGUGGACACCGUUUGGUCUAUUCGCUGCUUCUCCCGAAGUCUCUCGUCUACUUCUCGAGGGCGAUCCAAACGAGCACGCGAUAGCGAUUGAGGCUGCCGUUGGCGGCGUUGAAACAGACGUUUCUGUGGAGGACGUCACUGCUAUCAUCCCGAUCGCAGACGAAUUCAGCCGGAGAAGGCGACUCAGACGUAUCCAGAUUGGUAUCGAGGAGCCAGCGCGCCCAAGAACAGAUCUCGAACGCCUCCGCCGCGUCCCUAGGAUUGCUGCUGGUGUUCAUCUUUCGCGCAUUUCGCUCUUGCUCGAUGCAAGCCGGAAGCUGGCCGAGGCCCGAGCGCAAGAGUCGUGCUCGAGAAAGUUAACCUUGACCGUCCCUAACGUCGACUUUGUCUUCUUUGGCGAGUACAGAGACGAAUACGUCAAGCGACCAGCGGCCGAGAAGCGAGCCGCCUAUAAAGCGCUCAGACGUGAUGAUCUGGAAUGGCCGAUCAGCGGUCUGAAAGACGCGAAGGCCAGCCAAACGUUCGGAGCCCGCGAGAGCGAUACCAGCAGGAAUUCGGGUGACCCUUCGCCAGGGACAAGCAACGUCUUGUUUAAUGGAUCAGCAUCAACUACAUCCGCCAAUCCAGCCGAACGCUACGCUGAGACCGGCCUCCCGAUGCAGGAAGCAUUGCAGCGCAUGCAGGAAAUGCAGCGACACCCUCAAGUAGGCGGUGGACGGCCAUCGGCAACAGAACGCCGACCUUCGAUCCGCGACACUAUGGCAAAGACUGGCAAGGUACGGAUUCCCGGCUAUAGUCAACGAUCCUCGUUAGCAGCUGAAACUCGGUUCAGUCUUCGAUACCAAUUCGAGACAUCUGUUCGCAUCGACGCCAUCGAGUCCUUCCUUACCUUGGGCGCUGGCUCUGAAGAUGCGUCGAGGUCGUUCCAUCGACCACAGAUGUCCCAGGGCACUCCGACAGCUGAAUGUUCGCAGCAUCAUCUCCUUGCUUUGCAUAGCUUCGAGGUCCUCGGCUCGGGUCGGAUUCCAGGCAACGUUGAACCUCGCGGCUCGUCACUCUGCAACGAUAUUCCGAAACUUUCUGCGCCAGAUACCGUGGCUGAGUUCAGAGCUAACAUCGAGGAUGUCGACAUCGAAGCGUGGCAACUGACGGCGCUCGAUACUUACGCCGAUAUCGCUGCCUCCAUCCUUGAAGUAAAGAAAAGCCGAGGCGAACCACCGGCGGAACACCCUGCACAGAACGAGCCGACGGAUCCGCCGACGGAGAACGGCCAGGCCGCGAGCGCACAAGCCAGUCCAGAGCAAACCGCAAAAUCGCUCGUGGAGCGUCUGCCCGGAGGUCUAGCUCUCUACAUGUCCAUCGGUCGUACGAUAGCUCACCUCGGCGGUCCAGAUCGCCGACUCAAGGACCGAGUGGCUCGCGGAGUCGGGUUUGAGGCUGAUCGCAUCGUCGUAGAGUACGCAGGCGUCACCGAAACAAAGACGAAUGCCGCGCCUCAAAUGGUCAAUUGGGGUUCUCGCACCGCUCUGGAGCUCUCCGAGGAUCUUCAAUUGCAAGCUCUGUCACUUGCCACGCGGCACGGGCGUGUCUGCUUGACGCGCGUCGUCUUGCAUCAGGCGGGCAUCUUCCCGAUCCUCGACGCCGAACUCGCCACCCAACAACACACCCAAGGUACCGCUCCCGAGAGCUUCGCGCAGGCAAAAGCACCCCAGGGAGAAGCGUGGCCGAAAGAAGAAGUCAACGAGAAGGAGACGUCGGAACGUCCAGCUACCUCCUUGCUCGCCGACAGCGUCUGGUCCUUUGAAAAGGAUGGUGGCCGUCUGCACAAGAGCCGACAGCAUCGUGCUAGAUUGCAGCAGCAGGAUCGCAGCAAUUUUGUGUGUUUCAUGCCGUACGCAGCCUUCAAAGCGGUGGUGAGGCCUCCACAGGCUAAGAACAAAGUCGGCCUUGCGGGCACAAGCGAAGAUGAGGUCUUCAUCACAGCCGAGGACACCAACCUCGUCUCUUUCAACAUCGACAUCCUCCACACGUAUUGCUUCCUCCUGGCGUUUGCCACCUUCAAACAUCUUGCCGCUCGAGCCAAAGCUGAAGAAUCACAAGGCGCCAGGGACGAAGCGACCAAGGCGAUGUCGCCGCACAAGCCGCCACAAACGAAGCGUAAGCAUCUCAAGCCAAGCAUCUCGUGUCGAUUCGAUGUCAAGGAGGUGCACACGUUUGUCACGCUACCCAGAUCGACCCGUAUAUUCAUGCGAAUACGUCGGCUCGAAGUACGUCAAGACCCUCGUAACGGACUAUCGAUCUCCACCGAGACAGUCUUGGGAGCAGUGGAGUCUCCGAAGCACACCAAGGGCAACAUCUGGGAAGAAGCGGUACGUCUGCGCGACUGGCGAUUCCUUUUACCUCCGAAGCUGCCUGAUGAGAAGCGUGAAAUCAGCGUCAGCGGCGACGCGGCCCUCAUACGUAUUCCAUACGGAUAUCUCGUCUUUCCGAUCAUCGACAACACUUCGGUAGCAAUCAAGGCAACCAAGCAGCUGAUCUACCAAUUCCUCAAUGAUAAAGAUGAUUCCGUCAUCACGCCCGAGGCCGAAGAUCCGAAGCUGCUCCCUGACAUCAACCUCAAGUUGCGCGUGCUGACUUUAGAGGCAGAGGACGAUCCGUUUGAAACGAAGCUCAACCUUGUCUGGCGCGCGGGUCUCGCAGAAAAUUUUGCGAGGGAAGAGAGGGACGCAGCUUUCGCUGCUAAAGCUGAGGCCAUCGCAGCGUCGAAGGGGGCAAACAGCUCGACUUCCUUCCGCUUCGGACCUGAUGAUGGUAGCAUAAGGUCCUCCAGCUCCUCCAUUCUGAGCGAUUUCGAGGACGACAGCGACUCCGCCACUGCCUCUCACGACGAUCGCUCCACCAGAUCGCCGGAGGAGCAUGUCAGCUAUGACCAAGCCAAGAUCGCACUGGAUGCUUUCAACUCGUCCAGCUGGGUCCGACGCUACACCAACGCUCAGUCCGAGCAAACGCGACGCCAAGAGGCAGUGCUGAAGAACAUCUACGGUCGUUUUCCUGUGUCUAGGAGUCUGGACGACCUCCCGGUCAAAGUGCUGCCGAUCGGCAGAGCGGCACCUCUCUUUCGUUCAACAAUGUACCGCGUCUCGCUGCAGGUCGGACAAGCGCAUACGCCCGUCGAUGAGCUGCGCGACUUCAUCCACGAGAAAGGCGCAGGGGUGCCGAAGGACAUCCCAUACUCACUCAUCGUUCCGCUCCACAUCAAGUGGGAAAUGGAGGAAUGGCGAGUCACUCUACGCGACUAUCCCAUGCCGCUCUUACACAUCCCUCCCACCCAUCGUGCUGAGGAUGAUGCCCGAAAGGCGUGGACCUUCGAAGGCGAUCUCGUCCUUGCGGAAGCGCUGGGAGGCCCCGAGUCGAUCCGACACGUACCGGCAGUCAUCGUGCCAGCUGCCACAGGGAGACCGGAAGCAGUCGAAUACGGCAUCAUCGUUCCGAAGGUAGCGAUGUCGGUCAAAGUGUACGGCACACCCACUGUGAGGCUGCGGACGCCGUAUCCCACUCGAGUGGUGUGGGGGCAGUCGAUUCAGCCGACCAUUCAAGACGUGAUGCGCGUCAUAGAUGGAAUCACCCCCCCUCCGCAUGACCCAUCGCCCAAGCUCGGCUUCUGGGACAAGCUGCCCCUUAUCCUCCAUGGACACAUCAACCUCAAGUUCGAGGAUGAGGGAGGCUUCAACAUACAUAUGAAGGGCAGCCGCGAUCCGUACAGCAUCGAAGGACUCGGUGCGGGCUGGGUCAAAUCAUGGAAGGGCGGAGUCGAGAUCCGCGUAGGCUACGAGAAUCCCGAAAAGGAGUUCUUCCAGAUCCUCAGUCACGAGUACAUACUCGCCGUGCCAGAUCUGUGCGACUAUGUCGAUCGUGCAGCCACCGGCGUGCUUGGAGGAGGGGAUCAACAACGACCACAAAGUUCGCGCGACGGCGACGGCGAGGGGAGCUACCACGAUUCAUACGACCGCAAGUCAACGGAUGCAUCCUUCACAUCUAGCAUGUAUCGAUACAUGAGGGACCCAACCUUUCGCAAAAUCGUUAUCAAGCUCACCAACGGCGUUCGGUGGGGUGCAGGGCUGCAUGGCGAACGCACUUGCGACGAUGAGACAUGUCCUCGCAGUCCAAAAUGCCAUGGCGAAGCCUUCUAUCGCGAGUGCCGCCAAUUCGACCGCAUCAGCCAUUGGAACGUGAUUCCAAAGACACACGAACACUUUGAGUCCAUUCCGGAGAGCGAGCGACGGGAUUCAUUCCGUGGAUGGCGGUCGCACCAUCUGCAUUUCGCUCUCUCUGUCUUUUCCCCAAAGAAUGGCAUCCCAGGUUAUGGUUGCAGUCAAGACGUAGCUAAAGUCGAAGCGCUCAACAACUUUUACUUUUCUCCGCUGGCCUGGCAGCAUUUCUGGGCUUGGAUGCGACUAUUCAGCAGCGCCAUGAGCCUUCCUAUUCGCGUCGGCAAGCUUUUCCCGGACAGCCCACCUCCAUCACCCAAAUUCGGCCGGUUUCUGGGCACGAUCAAGUACAGGAUCGAUCUCGCGCCGCUCUUUAUCGCCCACCAGUACAGGCAAUUCAACAAGGACGAUUGGGCAAGGGGUCUGCGCACACACGUCGGCGUCAAGGCUCGCGUCGACUCGUUUACACUCGACAUGCACCAACGCCAGCAGGAGACGGUCAAAGAUCGUCCGGAGCUCGGUGCGCCUCGCGUCAUCUUCCACAAGCCCUUCUAUGAGGCCGAGGUCAAGUGCGACGCGAUCGACCUCAAGACGUUGGCGGCCCGAAUGCGCGAGGAUGCCGGUAUGGCCGAAGCCGUGGAGGACCCUGAGAUCGGCGAGAGCAUGUUUGACGAUCUGUUUGCCGGAGACGCCCGAAUCUCGGACGAUGAGCUGGUCUGGAUUGACAUGAACGACUUUGUCGAGCUUGACUCCGAGACGAUCAGAGAUCCUUCGCCCAAGGUCCGCAUGUUCCCUGCCUUGGCGUGCCCUCAGUUCAACUACUACCGCAAAGUCGAUUCCCAACGGGAACGCCGCGCGCACGAGAAGGAUGACGCCGCUCGAGGCAAGGAUCGCUCCCAUUCUGGAACCGACAUGGAGGAGCUCAUUGGCAGGUUGGAGCGCAGCAAGUUUGGAAACGAAGUCACCCACACCUGCAUGGUUGGUCAAAACGAUAAGCCGUACAGCAUCCAACGGAAGCUCGCGCAGGACAGGCUGCACACCAUCCGCCGUGAGAUCGAUCGCAUUUUGAAUUCGAGCGACAACGGGAGCUUCGUUUCCGAGGCCACUUCGGAGCGCUCUGACGACCAUCACGAUCGACUCAACGAUCUGCACGGCCGCGAGCGGAUCUUGAGCGGCUUCAUUACGCACCUCGGCCGGCUGCAGGAAAGUCAAGAUCGCGUCGAACGCGCCCAUGCAGAUGGACAUCCUGCUCCCAAGUGGUCGACCUCGAUCGAUCGCAACUUUUCGGCCAACGCCGCCGACCUGGCGUCUAUGUACCACGACUUCGGCACGUUCGACAAUCGCUAUGUCGCCCACAAUCCAACGCUUUUCUUCAGCAACGUAACGCGUACGCUCUUACUCAAGUACUACUACAGCUCGCGGCUGCGUAGAGGCUACGCACACCACAUGACAGCGACCGCCGUUAGGUACAUCCGAGAUCUGCUCAAAAAGAAGGACAAGGGAGAUCGCAACUCGACACAGUUCCGACAGCGGCAUUCGAGCCACGCCGAUCGAACCCCGCAGUCUGAAACUCCGAAUGCAGAAGGGGGGGAUGGCCUGGACAUACUGCACGAAAUGCUCGAGGACACGAUCAGCAAUAUGAUGGGCAAGAAUGGAUACAGCAAGACUGGCAUGGGCAGUCGACCUGAUGAGACAGGCACCAGCAACGAUGAUGGCGAGUUCCGACCAACCGAUGGCAUCUCGGACGAUUUCAACGUAGCCAAGAGCAACGUCUGUCUGCUGCUCAAGCCGCAAGUGGUGUUGAGAAGCGACAUCGACGACAACUCCACUGUGAUUGUGACUGCUCUUCGCGCGCGUCUGCAAAACUACACGGUUCAAGACGAGAGCUGCGCAGAGGACUCUGUCAACGCCAUUGUCCUGCGACGCAACUGCUUUGUGCUCGACAGCCUCCAGUGCUACCAUCCCAGCUCUCGGGCUCAGAGCAGGGUCAAAAAGCACGGAUUUGUAUCUCUUCCUCUCGAAGCUUUGGUCGAUGUGCACGGUCACGCAUGCGACUUUGAGCGGAUCGUUCCGCACACGAACGCCACGCUCUACUACGACAAGUUCAACAAGCUGCGUCUAUCCGACUCGUCGCGAUCCGUCGCUACGUUCCGAAGAGACGGCAAGCCGGUGCAGGACCAUCUACACCAUCACAUGGACAUGAUUCUGCUCAUCUGCCCACGCUUUUCGGUCUCAGCCAACAGUGAGCACUUUGCUGCUUUUUACAACGUGGUGACGGACUUGAUCCUGUAUCGAGACCCAGCCCACCGCGACCACGCUAAGAGGCUCGAAGAGAUGAUGUUCAGCUACGACUUCACCGACGUAUCCGGUCUGGCCGACAUUGUCACGGCCCUUCAACUUCGGAUCCGGGACUCGAGGUCACUGGUGGAGCAAUACCAGUUGGUGUCCCAUCGACUCAACGAUCGAGGCAAGGCAGAUUUUGUCGCCUUGCUCGGCGAGAUGGUGGACCUGGUAGAAGAGCUCAACCUGAUCAUGGACGCCAUCACCACUUCGCAGGACAGCAAGGGAGGUGCCGAUCGAGAGAAGAAGUCGGCUUUGCGCUUCAUGACGCAAGCUCAAGAGGUUGCAUGGAACAUGCUCGGCGACGAGGCGGGUCAGCUGGUCGCCAAGCUGGCUCUGCGGGGCAUCAGCUUCUCGUGGCUGAACAAGGCCGACAAUUCGGCGGCCAACACGCUCUCGGUUCAGGAUCUACAGGCACUCAAUGUCGAUCCUAAUGCGCUCUUCACUGAGAUCAUCACCAAGCAUACGCGGGCUCAGAACCACCCCAUGGCAAAAGAGGGUCGCUUCUUGGACGCCAUGUGGAGUGUUUUGCCUCCUGUCGGCGGUAUCUCGAUCGUCGACAUGUUUGAGUUCAAUCUGCAUCCCGUCAAGAUCCAGAUAGAAUUGCUUGUGGGUCGAAAAAUCAUGGACUACAUCUUUGGCACGAAACGACAGCGCGAUAAACAGGAAGAAGAGCAGAAGCGCCUCGAGCAGGAGGACAAUGCCCUGGGAACCAUCAAGGCGAAGAAGAAGUCUGCCUUUGCUCGUUUGCUGGGCGGUCGCAAAUCGGCUGCACCAAACACCGACUCGACAGACACCUCGCGAAGGCCCAGCCCCGUUGCGAGCACUCAGAGUCUGUCCAAUCCGGAGUUGCCUUCGCGCAGCGAGUCCGCUAGUGAUUUACUGUCCGCUGGUCGUCCGUCGUCUGACGACUCGAAAGACGACGACAACGAAAGCAUCACGGGCCGCGCGCAGACCAAAACAGGGAGCUCUUCGGGUGCAAGGAAUUCGGCAAAGACAAGGCCCGGGACGCCUAGCAGCGCCAAGGACAAAGACUGCUCCGAUCAUUCACGCCCUGGUGACCAAUUUGCCAUCGCGCAACGCAGUGCUGCCGAGAUGCGAUCGCGGGCAUCUGCCUACCGUACCUUUGUCUACGUCAAGAUCUCGGAAACCAUCUUUUGUCUGUCUUACAAGGGCGAGAAGCAAAAGUCGAUCACCGACCUCUACGAUCUCGUCUUCCGCACGCCCAACUUCGAGUACCACAACAGCACAUUCGGGUACGUCGACCUGGCGGACAACUUCAAGAAGGAUGUUUUCAAGGCGGCGUGGAAUCAGAAAUCGUCGCUGUUGCGAGACAUCAUCACGCAUCGACCCACUCGCAAACGCAAUGCAAUCGAGAGCAUCCGGGCCAUUCGCCAGGCUUCACGCGCGAGGGAUUCGCUCGCUCCACUCGAUAUCUCCGUCGAGCCGCCGACCCCGACGAGCAAGACCUCGUUCGAUGGCAGCAGUCAUCUGGUCGAAUCGCCGACUGACACAUUCAGCUUCCGUGAUGACAGAUACGGCGAUCAGCACAACGAUGAAGACGCCGAUGACGUCUAUGACCAGGAUCACGACGAUCAUGGUGACGAGGAGAGCGAUGACGACGAUGACCGGAUCCGCGAUUUGAGUGCGCACGACCUGGACGGAGAUGGCAGAGUCGAAGCGGAGCAGCACCAAGGGCACAGUCGCAGCCGCAACGGUACCGGUCAGACGUUGGCGCGUCAGAUUCGUGACGCGUGGGGACGAGACAAUGCGACCGUCGACGAUGAGGAUGCUUCCGUCGGUUCGGACGCCUUGCGGAACUCGACGAGCGAUGUAGAAGAUAUCUUGAGCUCGCAGCGUACGCCCCAACGCGAAGCGUUCGCCGAUCAUGACCUGGCUCGUGGCUUCCCAACACUCGGACGAUCCCGAAACAGCGACGAAUCGCCAUCCACCGAACGUGGCGAUGCCACGACGCUACAUUCUACCACUUCGGCUUCAUCCUCACCUUUCCUACAUCUGCCGGCGAGAAGAGGUAGCAACUCCUCGCCCGCUAGAUCUGUUUCGAGCUUCAAGCUCAACAGGCUGAUACCGAAAUCGUUCCGACAAAGAGCCAGCUCCGGUGCCCUCGGCGGAGUUGCCGGUGCUUCCGGUGGGAGGCGCAGGAACAGCCACAGCACCGGCGAUCAUCGUCAGGCAUCUAGCCCGUUGCACGAUCGUCGACCGUGGCACGAUGAUGGCGGCGAUCAGGUUGAUGAUGGUGAAGGAGGAGGAGGAAUGCUUCUUUCACCCGCGAGGUCUCUGCGGCGUCUAUCGAGCGGUGCUAGGAGGUCGUUUGGGAGGAACUCCACGGCGUCGGCGGAGACCUUUGAGGGCAGUGCGAAUAGUCACGGCUGA